UCUUCUUUUCUCUUCCCCUCAUUUACAACCAAACACACGGUGAAAAUACUAUUAACUUGGCUCCUCUUACUUUACCUUGUUGCUGCCGCAACCAUAUACCAAAGGUCCAAAAGUACCACCGAUGUCUCGACCUACGGAAAAGCGAAGAUUGUUGACCGAGCGUGUUCUGGACAACGACAUCGUAUUCGACAUACUGACUCGGCUGCCAGUGAAAUCCUUAAUCCGAUUCAGGUGCGUUUCUAAAUCAUGGUACUCUACAAUCACAAACCCCAUUUUCAUUGCCACACACUUCAAGCUCAACGAAGCCAAAUCAUUAUCCAAUAAGAAUAGUCACAAUGGUUAUCUGCUAUAUACAUCUGAAACAGAGGACUAUUCUUUUCACACAGAAUUGCGUACACUUGCUUACAAUAGGGACCGCACAGUGACUGAGAUUUCCAGGUGUGACGAAAACAAUGGUGAUCAUAUGAUAUAUUUGUGGAACCCAAGCAUUAGAAAGUUUAAGAUGCUUGCUCCUGCUCUUUUGACUGACCCUUGUGAUAGUGCCACCCUUGGACUUGCUUAUCAUUCUCAAAAGAAUGAUUUCAAGAUUCUUAGACUUGUGAGUUUCCUAGGGCCUCUUGGAGACCCAGAUCCACCGACUGAGGCUGAGGUUUACACAUUGAGUACGGAUUCGUGGAGGAAGGUAGUGUCGGCGGAGUUGUCCGACCCCAACGCUGGAUGUCUUUCUCAUCAUUCACCAUAUAUUUUUUUUAACGGAGCACUGCACUGUAUAGCAGCUAAUAAACACUGCAGUUUCAUUUUGUCCUUUGACAUUAAUGAUGAGAGAUUCCAUAAGAUAAUGCUGCCUCUGGAUUUAUUAGAUUUGUACCAAUCAUAUCUUACAGUGUUCAAGGGAUCGCUCGCUUAUAUUAUUAUCUCUAACCAUCGAGCUACUGGGGGCAUUAUGUGCCACUUAUGGGUGAUGAAGGAGUAUGGCGUGGCAGAGUCUUGGACCAGAAAAUGUGUACCAAUCGAUUGGUUUCAUCAUUUCCAUGGCUGCACAGACAAUGGUGAAUUGCUAAUUAAGAAUUUCAUGGGGCUGAUAUCAAUUGACCCUGAGAAUCUACUUCAGAACAGUCUUAUAAUGGAAUCAAAUAUUAGAGGGGUUGAUUACGCAGCCAAUUCUAUAGAGAGUUUGGUUCUACUUGAUGGGAUAAAUGUGUCAUCUGAAUACGAAGAUUAGUCUGUUGAGGUUUCUAGCAAGGUGGCUAUUUUUGUGAAGUUCAAUGGCAAGUAUUUUGGUAUCAAAUAUGCAAUUUGAAUCCAAGCUCUUAUUAUGUUGUUUCUUUCUUCCCUCUUAUUUUUUAUGACAUGAAUAUCAGAGGUACUAAUUUAUUAAGAAUUUUUUUUUAAAGGAGAUUAUGGCUAUUAUGCCCAAAUGAUAUUUGUGUCAAUAACAUUGUUCACAGCCUCAAAGAUGGCAA